AUGCAGCCUCUGGAUCCCCAGGGGCUCGUUGAGGAUCGAGCUGCCGAGGAGGAGCAUGGACAGUUUCCCAUCGAGUAUCAUUCGCGUCUAACGGGGCCGAGCUCCCAAGCGUCGUAUGGCUCCAGUGUUCGCGCCUCGACCGCCAGGAGGCGAGCUGCUGUGACAAACAAACCCAGAAACAACAAUCUAUCAGAAACCACCUCCCUCCGCCUUUCACCCGCGGCUCUCAAGACACCCAGCGCUGCUCAGUCGACUCCCCGUUCAACUCCUCCUCUGGCUCCUCUCUCAGUGACACCUCCUACGACAGCUCAUCAUCCUCCCAGCUCCUCUAUUCGAACCCGAGAUCCCGGUCUUCAUGUAGAACCUACUUCUCCUAAACUUCAGUCACCUCUGCGUCACUCCAUAAACUUGGCCGACAACAACAACUUGGACGUUGAAUCGCACCUCUAUAGGCUCUCCAGCGGUCAGCCCAGACCGCUUUCUGUCGACAUGUCGUUCACUGGCGAUAAGAGGCCUGCUGCCUCCAAACCUCUGUCAAGUUUGCCUGCUGUUGUAGAGGAAGCUCCCCGAAACGGCUUUUCAACUUGGUUCUCUCGAUCUAAUGCACCCUCACCUUUAUCCACAACUGCCCCAGAACCUCGACGACGCAGUACAUCAUCGGCCAAGCCAUCCACACCAACUUCUUCUCGAUUCAACUUCUUCGGCUCCCUCACUGCUUCGCCUACUGCUUGUCCCUCGGAGGAACAAAAUGAGGCCCUCAUGAACCUCGACAUUGAAAAGGGCCUUUUCCCCAACGGCCUUCCUGUCGAAGGCACAGCUUUCUCGCCAUCCGCCUUCAAGAAUCUGCAGAUGAACGCCACUGGUCUGUUGAGCAAGUUCCAGGCUGCUUAUGAGCAACGCACAACAGAAUUUAGGGAGCUCCAGGCUGAGCGUGAUAUUCAAAAUUUCGACAAGAGUGAAUCUGAAACCAGGAUCCAACAGCUCGAGAAGCAACUCGAGGAACAGGCUACCCUGAUGGCAGAGCGAGAUGCUAUGAUCGAGUACUUGCUCAACCGCUUGGCAAAUGAAAAGGACCGUGUAGAUGAGGUGACUAAUGGCGAGAAAGAGAAUAUUACCUCGGCAGCUUCGAUCUUAUCAGAAGAUCUGGGCGUCGAUGAGGAUCGACUAAAGCGCUGGCGAAAGAGUACUUCGACCUCAUCUGAUGAUGAGAGCGUAGAUGAGGCUAGUGUCUUCUCGCGAUCCCGCAGCCCAACAAUCUGUACCAACAUAUCUGAGAUCAGCCCUGUUACACAACCUAAGCCCGUCACACUGGAGCCUCCUCGUGCCGCUGGCAGUGCUGCCGCUCGAAACACCAACAACACUCAAAUGGGCGCGUUUCAAAAACUCAUCCGGGGCAUCUCGAGCGAGAAGCCUAAGCCCGCGCCUGCGACUUGCCUCAACUGCCAAGGGCAAACCGCCAGUAUGGCUUGGGAUACUGUCAGUCUUCUCAAGGACGAGAACAAGGGGCUGAAGGCCAGAGUGGAAGAAUUGGAAACAGCGGUGGAGGGUGCCCUUGAUGCUGUCAAUGGUCUCGGCUUAUGA